GUUCAAGUUACGCGCGUGAAACUCUACUUCACCAAGGCAACGGGCAAGCCUAGGCUACUAAAAGCGAACACCCGUGGACAAGAUGACAGAAGUAGACGUUCCACAGACCCGGCCUCCGGAGCCCCUCAGUAUCCAUAUUGUGAAGGCAUCCAACUUGAAAUUGACAAAGAUAGACAAUGGGCAGAGACCAUCAUCAGGAACAUCGAAAGGAACAAAGGGAGACAAUGUGCAGAUUACUGUCAAAGUGGAAUUUGGUGAAAAGGUGUUGGGGGAAUCCCCAAAAGUUGACUGUGUACCCGACACGCCAGCAGAGAUAGACUAUACCGCCACCCUCAACUGUAGUUUUGAGGACCCACUGGUUCUGGAUGAAAUCUCUUAUAAACCAGUUGUCUUGACUGUGACAGAGGUUCUGCCUAAGGAAAAGAAACAGAAAGAAGAAAAGACAGCCCAGUUGGGACAAUGUACAGUGGAUUUACUGCCCCUUGUAAAAGGAGCGACAAAACACCACUACAAUCUGGUGAUCAAUCCGCUACCUGGCUCCCCUCUGGAAACCAUUCCCCCCGAGGGUCCAAAGCCUGAGAUGGAGGUGGUGAUAUCGGUACAAGAGUCCUUGUUGGAGGGGACACAGAUAGAUCAGGGGAACCUCAUGACCUUGACCAUAGAGUCCCUGUACUCCCCACCUGAGUCCUGGACAAUGACCGGAUCACAGUACGCAUAUGCUGCGGCCCUCCCCAUCCCUAUGUCAGCAGAUAAAGAGACACCUGUGGUCUUUGCUAAUGGAGCCCUAAAACCAAGCAUUGAUAAGGAACCACCUAAUCGCCAAAAGAAGUGGGCUGUGCCAGGCUCAGCUCAAGGAAACUCUAUUUACAUUCCAGAGAGUUUUCUACCUCCUGACAACAUUGAUGAUGAAGACGGUGAAUUCAAGAGCAAAGACGACCGAGAGCAUCGUCAUACUGCUGAGACUGAAAAACUAAGAGUGACCUGGAAUACGGAGAGAAGAUGCUACCUGGAUUCCUUAGCAACCAAGAGCUUUCAAGACAAGAUAGCCAAAUGUAGGUACUGGCCAGUUGAGGUGAUGCGACUUCCCCAACCUGCAGCUGCUAAAGGCAAAAAGCCUGGCCUUGGGGGAGGGAAGUUCAAGGAUGAUGAGGGAUCUAUCAGUUACCAUGGCGUGGCUUUCGUCAAUUUAGCACCAUUGCUAUACCCUGGAGUCAAAAGAAUCCGAGGUGCAUACAAGGUGCAUGCAUAUACAGAUCAUGCAAUGCACGAAAAGACCAAGAGGAAGACAGGAUUUGGGGAGGAGGCCGGGAAAAUCGCCUUCAAUAUCCUCAACAGAAACAGUGCCUCCCCUUUUCCCAAGAAAGCUGGCAAAGAGGGGGGUGAGAAGAAGGAAAAAGAGGUCAAAAAAGGGCAUAGUGAAAAAGCACAGCGGUCAAUGAGCAUAGCUCAGCACCAACAAGCGAACCCCACCCCAGGCGGGCCUGGGGGUCAGGCUCCAACAGAGAGAGAUGGAAGCGUCAAGUCAGACAUUUUAAGUAUCCACUCAAUUAUACAGGCCUCUCAGACCAUAAAAUCAGACACAGGGUCAGAAAUGGAGGGACAACCCCCAGUAAAUGUGGAGGGACAGCAGUAUGUGGACGCUAAGGCUUAUGUCAUGCUGGAAAUCUCCCUCACCAGGCCCCUGAUCCCAAAGAGGCCCCCUGAGGAACUGGCAAGAAGAGUUGCGGAAUAUAUUCCUCCAAGACCAUUGUUUCCCAAAAGAACUGACGGAGCUCAAAGGGCUGUUGAAGAUUUCCACAAUCAAGUUGGGAGUGUGGCCAAUCUGAUUUUAGAUGAGUUUAGGGAUCAAUUUGGUGAUUUAUUGAAAGUUGAUGAUGAGCCUCAGACAGUGGAGGCAAUGGAGUCCAGGAGACAGAAGCUGAUCUAUGAGCUUAAUUCCUCAGGGAAGUACUUUGCAUUCAAGGAGCAACUGAAGUAUGCAGUGGUCAAAAUCGUCAGGGAGAAAUACCUGAAAACAUCCGCUUUUGAAGACAGACAGGAACUGCAGACCUUCCUAAGUGAGCUGUAUGUGUACCUGAUUGACCAGAUGCACGUUGCCCUGGGCAAGUUUUUGGCCCUCGAAGAUCAAGCUCCUAUUCCCAAGCCUCUGACCGACUCGGCUCAGCUGAAGCACUUCGCAAGAGAAGCAGAAGUCAAUGGAAACUAUGAACUGGCAACAAAAUAUUAUCAAGAGAGAAUUGCCAGGAACAGGAACGAUCCCUCUCAUUGGUUUGAUUACGGGACCUUCUGUCUCUACAUCAAUGACAUCACUAAGGCCGAAGAGUGCUUCAAAGAGUGCAUUGCUAUUGAUCAGAAACACCUGCAGGGUUUGUUGCUGUAUGGAGUUGUCUGUACUCUGUCUGAGAGAAAUGAAGCAGCCGAGACUUUCUUUGAAGCUGCAACCUGUGUGGAUCCAAAGAGCAUUUUAGCUUGGACUAUGCUUGGUUUGUUUUAUGAUGCUGUCAACAACGAGAUUGGAGCAGAAAUGGCUUACCUGGAGGCCAACAAACUGAAUCAAGCAGCAGCCGUUGCUGAGGCUAAAGCUCUGAGGGAAGAUGACGUGACCAAAGAGAGGCUGGCCCGUGGAGAACACGAGAGUGAGGACAAAGAGGUGGAUCAUGAUCAGGGAGGUUUGGCCCCACCCUCAGUCCCUGACAUCAAACAACCGUCCCCACCCUCCAGCGAUAAACCCCCAACCUCUGCACGCUCCGGCAAAGGAUCUGUCAGUGAUACUAGGCGCAUGUCUGCCUCCAAGAGAUCUGACAUACACCUCCGCCCAGAACAAUCUCCCCAAUUACAAGGAAGUAAGAUUAAGACAGAGAGUAGCACUUCUCGUCCUGGAAGCCACUACAAAAUGGGGAGCCAGCGUGGCACUCCCCAGCCUGCAGAGGAAACAGAGGAGCCACCCAUCAGGGAGCCCACUCCAGUGCCUCGCUGCAGUAUCUACAUGCAGACCAUUGAGUGGUUGAUUGAGGUCAAGGCUGUUCCAUUUACUGAGAGAGCUUUGGCCCAUGAACUGCUUUCACCAAUGGGAGGUCCCACAUCUGGAUACCACAUCAACUAUGCUAGAUUGAAGCUUCAAAAGAAAGAAUACAAGGAGGCUGAAAAUAGUCUGGAUGAGGCCUUACAGUUUGAUUACCAGAACCCUGAUGCUUGGGCUUUGAUGGGACAUGUGAAGUACAUGACCAAUGAUGUAGAGGCAUCUAGGGACUGCUAUGAACGCACCAUUUCCUUCACAAGUGAUGCGGCAGAGAUGCAUUCUAUAUACCUUAGACUGGCCUCCAUAUAUCUACAGGAAGAAAAGUUUUCCAAUGCAAAGAACACCUUCCUUAUGGCCUGCAAGAGAUCGCCAUCUUGUGUAUCUUGGCUUGGAGUUGGUAUAGCUUGUUAUAGGUUAGGAGAGCUUGCAGAAUCUGAGGAUGCUCUGUCUGAGGCCAACAUUCUUAACAACACAGACCCUGAAGUAUGGGGUUAUCUUUCCUUAGUUUGUUUGAAAACUGGACGUCAGUUGGAGGCAGAGCAAGCAUACAAAUAUGCUUUGAAGCUGAACUUGUCAGACUAUGACCUGUUAACAGAGAUUCAGCAUGUUCAACAAGACGUAGGAUUUGGAAACCCAGAGUUUUAAAGUCCUGGAUUGUGACAAUUGUUCUGUCUUAUCCCUAUCUUUGUUAUAGGAACAUUUCUUUUGAUUUGGUUUUUGAUUCUAUGUUGAAUGUUUAGAUAUUAUUAUUUAUAUAAGUCAAAUUAAAGUUAAAACAAUCUGUGAUGAAUAUUUAAAAUAAAUUUUUACUCCUAUACAUACAA